AUGUCUGACAAUCUGCAAAAGGACCCACAAGUGAUCCUCUGCGACAUGUGUACAGAGGAAGACAGGAAACCGGCACGGAAGACCUGCAUGAAAUGUGAGAUCUCCAUGUGCGUCCAGCACCUCCAGGCCCACCUGACCACUCCUGUGUUACUACAAACUCAUCCUCUGACUGAACCCAUGUCUUUAUGUGGGACCACCAAAUGCCCCCAACAUGGCAAACUCGUGGAGUACUACUGCUUGGAUGACUUGACCUGUGUGUGUGUUUCCUGCGCCAUUGAAGACCAGCACCGCCUGCACAACAUGAAGACCUUCUCCACAGCCCACAAAGAGCUCAUGGAAAAGCUCAGUGCUGAGCAGCAGGCCUUACUGGUGAAAACUGAAGACGAGAAUGUGAGUCUGGAAAAGUGGGAGAAGAGUGAAAGAGAGAAGCUGGGUCGCUCUAGUGUUCGUCUCAUUGAGGCUGUGACUAACCUGCGUGACGUUGCCCUGGCCAGUGUCCAGAGUUCGGUCUCUGCCCGUAUGGUGUCCAUCAAAACCAGCAAGACCAGCAUCCAAGCAGCACAGAACGAGAAGGACACCUUCAGAUUCCUGCAGAUGUAUUCUCAGGUGCAUCAGGAUGUGGAGAAGGCCAAGGCCGUGGAUCUGAGAAAAGGGUUGGAGCCCGGCAGUGAUCGUGACAGACUGGUUCAGGAGAUACGACAGAAUGGUGAAAAGAUGGUGAAGCAAGCAGGCCACCUCUGGGGAUCUCUGUUGACUCUGGUUGAUCCAGAAAACCACCAGGAUCUUAUUGCAACUAGUUCAGACCUGAUAUUUGACCCGCAGACUUUUGGUCCCAGCAUGUCACUGUCCGAAGACAACAGGAUGGUUUUCUACAGCAGCUGGCUGGGGCAAUGCUCUGCCACUCUUCUGAUCCGCAGCACCCAGUCAGUUACUAACUUUCAGAGGUGGGUGGUCAGUCUUUCCCCAGACUCUGACUGGACCAUUGGUUUAUGUGACCAACAGUCUGCAAAGAACCUGAAGGACGGACCUGUGUAUGGUCUGUGCUGUGAAGGUCAGCAGCUCAGCUCUCUCACGACAGAGUGUGAUGAUUGUUGUGAUGCAUCAGUCAAUUCACAAAGUUCUGGGCUGUUUCAGUCUGACAUGUGCAAGAAAGAGAAACAACGCAGGGUUUCCUCAGCAUUAAUCACACAUCAGGCUGAAAAUGCAGAAGAGGCCGUACCACGACCUGAAAAGGUGGAAGUGUUUUGGAACUUUGUUGCUUCCUCGCUGUCGUUCUUCAGCAGAACUGGACAGCACCAGAGGAAUGAAAUAAUCACAAUUAAGAUGAGCCUCAACAACUGGGACCUGGUCCCCUUUGUUCAACUAGGAAAGGAAAGCAGUGAGAAUAUGUCCCAGCAGCAAUGGAAGUGUACCUGUGAGAAGGUUUACAGCAGGAACGACAAUCAGUACAGUGAUGGUUGGCGCUACUACUCUCACCGGGAUACUUGUUCCUGUGGAGAGAUUAUUGGUGGCAUAAGCAUCACAGAGGUGGUUUGUGAACUCAAGUAA